GAUGAUAUUCAAAUCAGAAGCCAGCGGAUCCCUUUAUUUUUGGUGUUUCUGCCGGCGGUCACAUGUUCUCCAGCGACAUAUCAUCCUCAAGCCAUCCAGCAUCGACUACGCUGAGGUAGCGCCAUGAGAUCUUUCAUCGCCAGUUUGCUUUUGGGUGGAGCAGCGCUACUGUGCGCCGCAGAGGAGGCUGAAGUCACUCACAAGGUGUUUUUCGAUGUCAAGAUCGGCGAUGAAGCAGAAAGCAAGCGAAUCACCAUUGGCCUCUUCGGAAAGGAUGUGCCAAAGACAGUGAUGAAUUUUGUUCAUUUGUGCACUGGCGAUAAGGGCAAGGCCUCAACUGGUGUGCCUUUGCACUACAAGGGCAGCAAGUUCCAUCGCAUCAUCCCAAACUUCAUGAUCCAGGGUGGUGACUUCACCCGUGGUGAUGGCACCGGUGGUGAGAGCAUCUAUGGCUCCAAGUUCAACGAUGAGAACUUCAAGCUGAAGCACACUGGUCCUGGUAUCCUCAGCAUGGCCAACGCCGGCCCCAACACCAACGGCUCGCAGUUCUUCAUCACGACGGUGAAGACCCAGUGGUUGGACGGUCGGCACGUGGUCUUUGGCAAAGUCGUGGAUGGUAUGGAGGUGGUGCAGCAGGUGGAGGCAGUUGGAUCCCAAAGUGGUACUCCAUCCAAGAAGGUCGAAAUUGUCGAUAGUGGCCUCUUGGAAGGAUCUCUUGAGCUGUAGCUGUGCUCAGAAACGCCGCUUUCCCGGCGGAUUUUGGACCUGUCUCGCAAAA